AUGCGGCGGGGCAUCGCGCCCGGCAGCCUGGCGGGCGGCCGGGCUUCUGCCGGCCCCCGCGGCUGGAGGGGCCCGGCGGCGGGGGCGUCCCAGCCCCCAAGGGGGUGCCCGCGGCCCAUGGGGAAGCGGUGGAGCAAGGCCCCAGCUCUCGGGUCUACGUGCGUCUGGGUCCCUGCGUGUGCCCGCUCGCGCCCCCGUGUCCCCCGCGCGGGCCCCGGGAUCUGCGUCCUGACGCCCCGUGGGCAUCCCCGCGUGCGUCCCGGUGCGCCUGGCGGGAGGCCUCAGGACACACACGGCCGCCGCGGGACCGACCGCCCGGCACAGCGCAGGGAGGAGGGAGGGGGCGGCGGCGGCGGGGAGCGCGGGCACGUCACUGAGACAGACAGGCGGGCGGGAGGGAGGCGGCGGCCGCGGGUUCGAGCCGGCGCCGGAGCCCCGCGGCCCCCUCCCCCGGCCCGCGGCCUGCCCCCCACCCCGCCCCCCGCCCAGCACCAAAGCCGCCGAAAUGCAAUUUCCCGUGCAGGCGCCUCGACUCAGGGGGCUUUUCCGGGCUGGUUUGGAAAGCAGAGGGGCAACGCGGCGGCGGCCCAAAACGAGCAGAGCUGCCUCCUUCUAUCGUCUCCCCAUCUGGCUCCACUGGACCUCUCACCUCCAACUCUGACCCCUAGACCCACGCCAGCUGCCUUGCCUUGCCUUCCCGGAGCGCAGGAUUACCUGGGUUUGGCACGCCUGGUGGGGGCUCUGCGUGGGGAAGAGGAGCCUGAAACCAGGCUGGACCCCCAGCCACAGCCAACUCCAGGAGCAGAGGGUCAGAGACCCAGCCUGGAAUCGUCACCGGCUCCUGAACGCCUGUGCUCCUUCUGCAAACACAACGGCGAGUCCCGGGCCAUCUAUCAGUCCCACGUGCUCAAGGAUGAGGCGGGCCGCGUGCUGUGUCCCAUCCUGCGUGACUAUGUGUGCCCCCAGUGCGGUGCCACGCGUGACCGUGCCCACACACGCCGUUUCUGCCCGCUCACUGGCCAGGGCUACACCUCUGUCUACAGCUACACCACUCGCAACUCAGCUGGCAAGAAGGUGUCCCGGCCUGACAAGGCAAGGAUGCAGGAUCCAGGGCAUCGCCGAGGCGGCGCAGGAGCUGCAGCGUGUGCAGGUUCCAAAGGUGCUGGGAAAUCAGCUGGAUCUUCGCCCUCUUCCUGCUGCCCCUCCACUUCUGCCUAGGAGACUGGUGCAGGGAGGAUGGAGAUGCUGCCUUCCCCUGGUGUGGGGACCCAGGCUCCAUGGAGGAUGUAUUUUGGGGGAAGAUCCACCUUGCAAGGACCUGGCCCCGGGCCCUUGCCCCAGCCUGGAGGCCUGGUAAGAGAGCAGGGCCUGGGAGCACAGCUGAAAGCGCCCCCAUGAGGAAGGAGGUGGCCCUCAGAUCCCCUGGCCCUCCCUCCCCAGCACUGGGCGCCCAGUCAGCACUCAAUAAAUGCUUACGAAUGGAUCAGCGGAGCAGGCCAGGUCUUGGGAUGAGGUAGCGUGAACAGCUCCAGAGGGUCUGGGGCACUGCUCUUCUAUCCUGGUUGCACUCAUCAGCCCCCCACAUGUUACUCUGACCCCCCACUUUCCCCACCUGUUACCUGGAUUUUGGUUCAUCCUGGAGCACUGGGUGAGCUGCUUUAUGCUGGAAGUGGGCACCACAGGGGGACUGUGGGGUUUUGUUUGCGGGGUCACCCCAGCCCAGCACUUCUGAGCAUGGCACUCGCCACUAGGUUAGCCCGUGAAGCCAUUUCUAUGAUGUCUGGUAUUUUCAAACUCCCUUCCAGCCAUCCCUCACACAACGACAUGCCACAUGGGUAGAAUUCUCCACACUGGAGGUGGGGGGCCUGAUCUGAGAGGGGA